UCUCUCUUAAACAAAACAAGAAACAAGAUAACAACACGAGUAUAGUUUGAGACCAAAAAAAAAGCAUUUUGAUUUGAAGAUAAUAAGAAAUUUACAAGUUUUUUUAACCAGAAACUCAUAGCUCUUGCACAUCUAUAUGAAUCUGUUUCUUUGUUAAAUAGGGUUUUAUCUACUCCACAAACAUGUAUGCAGCUGCAAGUUGAAUGACCUCACCAAUGAAGGGUCUAUUAAAAGGGUUGAGGUACAUUGCUCGUAUCUUCGAGGAUGAGAAGGAACCAGAGAUGCAGAUUGGAAUACCGACCGAUGUCAAACAUGUUGCUCAUAUAGGAUGGGAAGGACCCUCUGCUACCACCCCAAGCUGGAUGCAUGAUUUCAAGUCUCAAGAUCGUACAAAGACUGAGACGAAGGGAAGCUCUAACAAGAAACCUGGGAGUUCCGGAGAGAAGCAUAGGAACAAAGGAAGACGUAAAACAUCCACAGGAAACAACUCACCAGCAGAAUCUCCAUCAAGGGUAGGAGGAUCAGUGAGGCAAUCAAGACGCAGCACGGGGAAACAGAGAGAACAGAACACGGGUUCGGGGUCAGAGUCAGGUUCAGGGUUAGAGUUACCUCAACAGACUGAACAAUCUGUUGGACCAAAACAUUCAAGACAGAAAAAAUCAAAAGGAUCAGCAGCAGGAGGAGGAGGAGGAGGAGGAGGAGGAGGCGAACCUCCUCCAGCUAUUGGACCUGUAAAGACGAAAGAAACAGAUAUAUCAGUGAGAGCGUGGAACGACGACGGCACAGAAGCUUCACCGGAGAUCAGAGACGCGAAAAUGGUGAACAUUCCAAAGACUAAGAACACUUACUGUAAGAACAAGGAAUGCAAGAAGCAUACUUUGCACAAGGUUACCCAGUACAAGAAGGGUAAAGACAGUCUUGCUGCUCAAGGAAAGCGUCGUUAUGACCGUAAACAAUCUGGUUAUGGUGGUCAGACUAAGCCCGUCUUCCACAAGAAGGCUAAGACCACGAAGAAGAUUGUGUUGAGGCUUCAGUGCCAAAGCUGCAAGCACUUUUCGCAGCGCCCGAUCAAGAGGUGCAAGCAUUUCGAGAUUGGUGGAGACAAGAAGGGGAAGGGAACAUCUCUGUUUUAAGUUGGUUUCAUCUUAUUUUCUGCAAUUUUUGUACUUUGCUGGAUUUGGAAUCCAUUUGUUUUAGCUCUCGUAUAAGAUUCUCUCAUCUUUGCUUGUUGACUCUAUAUUUUGAAUCAUCAAGAUAUGGUUUUGUUGUUAAUCAUUGACCUUCGAAUCUUUUUUUUUUUUGCAAAUGUGUUCUCUACCAACCUAUGAAAAAUUCAAGAAUAUAACUCAUUAGAGACAUCAAUAUAAUGCAAAAUUUUGA